GUGGUUUUGAGUCAAAAUUGCUACAGAGCAUCCAGCUGUGGUCGACGCUGCUCUGCUUUUCAUGUACUCUAUAUAACUCACAGCUAAUAAGAAGCGUCCCAUUCAGUGAUCCCCCUCUUCCCUGUCCUAGUGCUUUCAAAUCCUCUCGCCUCUCACUCUGCUGCUAGGCCUUUGUUGGAUAUCUCAGACAUGAUACGGAACAGCCUAGCUACUGCACGAUUCGGACGGCUACCUACGAUAUUCUCACAAAAGCCCGUGGCACUGGGUAGCUUGCGAUGCAACGCCAGUGGCGUAAAACCGAGCACAUACCAGACUCGUAGGACUCUAACUUCCAUCCGCUCUCUCUCAUCGACGCCCGCAUCCUCGUCCAAUCGUUCUCCGAACACGUCCUACCUCGAGGCGACGCAUACGCCUUCAUUAGAAACGGCGUGCGAUGAGACCAAGGAGCUCCUGGCGCUCGGAGAGAGGUAUCUACUGCCUGUCUAUGCUAGGCCCCCGUUCGUGAUGAGCCACGGGGAGGGGAGCUGGGUGUGGGAUCUCGAGGGGAGGAAGUACCUGGAUUUCUGUGCGGGGAUCGCUGUGAAUGCGUUGGGGCAUGGAGACGAGGGCAUGGCCGAGGUUCUCAGGACGCAAGCACCCAAACUCCUGCACUCCUCAAACGUAUACCACAACCCUUGGGCCCCUCGACUCGCGGAGCUCCUCGUCGAGCUCACGCGACGCGAAGGCGGACUCGGCUGGCCCACAGGGUCGCUCGCGCCCCCCUCCGGCACGUCCAACCAAGAAUGCGGCCCGGGCGAGCUCUCGGCCGACACCGCCGCGCCGCCCGCGUCCGCGAAGGUGUUCUUCAGCAACUCGGGGACGGAGGCGAACGAGGGCGCGCUGAAGAUCGCGCGCAAGCUUGCGAAGGAGCGCUUCCCCGCGCAGGCGGAGACGAAGACGCGCAUCGUGUGCUUCCAGAACGCGUUCCACGGGCGCACGAUGGGCGCGCUGAGCGUGACGCCGAACAGCAAGUACCAGGCGCCGUUCCGCCCGCUGAUCCCGGGCGUGAAGGUUGGGCGCGUGAACGACGUGGACGAGGUGGGGAUGGUGGUUGACGAGGAUGUGUGUGCGGUGAUCGUGGAGCCGAUUCAAGGAGAGGGCGGGGUGAAUGCGGCGCGGCAGGAGUGGCUAAGGGAGUUGAGGAAGAGGUGCGAUGAGGUCGGCGCGACGCUGAUUUUUGAUGAGGUACAGUGCGGACUGUAUAGGACUGGCAGUUUAUGGGCGCAUUCGACGUUCCCGGUGGAUUGUCACCCGGACAUUGUUACGAUGGCCAAACCACUUGCGGGCGGGUACCCCAUAGGUGCAGUGCUGAUGAGGGAUAGUGUUGCGCAGACAAUGACGCCCGGAACACACGGAACGACAUUUGGUGGAUCACCGCUGGCCUGUGCGUUAGGCCAUCACGUCCUUUCUCGCGUCUCCGCCCGGCCGUUCGUGUCGCAUAUCACCGACAUUUCGACUUACCUGCUCUCGCGCCUUGAACGUCUGUCCGGGUGGUUCCCAGACCUUCUGGAGCCUUCCGUCCGGGGACGAGGACUCAUCCUAGGCUUGGGAUUCAAGAACGGGGAGGAUGCGGGGAAGGUGGUCGGGCUUGCUCGCGAGAGAGGCUUACUGGUGCUGACUGCGGGGAAGGAUGCCGUCAGACUGGUGCCGAGCUUGAACGUGGGGAAGGAGGAGGUUGAUUUUGCGGUGGAUGUGCUGGAGAGCUGCCUGAGCUUGGUAGCGAGGAAGUAGGAUGUGAAAAGGUAUAUUUGGAUGGAUCGUAGUGAUCGUACGACGUAGACUUGAUAUCAAAUUGUAUAGAUGGUUACAAGUUUCCAGACCUUUCCUUGAUGGAUGGUAACCCCAAGUGCUACCUAUGUUCUAUCUUGAGUGUAGU